UCAGAGAUCCUUUGAAACUGCAAAAACUAUUUAAGGAAGGAAGACAGCAUGAGAUUGGAUUCAGUGCAGUAAAGUAGGUUAGUCUGAGGACAAGACAAAAAGUCAUUAUUUAGACCUUCUUGUGUUGCCGUGAUGAGAACUUAUCAUUGCUUCUGGCUGCUGCUUUGGGCUGGUCAGCCCCACCAAAGUUUCUUAACUCCAUUAUCCAGAAGGACUAGUGGCUUUCCAGAAAAGGAGAAGGUUUUGGUAUUGUCUGGAAACAGCAGGCAAGAUCUCCAUCGUUCCAAAAGGAGCUGGAUGUGGAAUCAGUUCUUUUUGUUGGAGGAAUACACAGGAACUGACUACCAGUAUGUUGGCAAGCUGCAUUCAGACCAGGAUAAAGGAGAUGGAUCACUUAAGUAUAUCCUUUCUGGAGAUGGAGCAGGAGACCUCUUCAUUAUCAAUGAAAAUACUGGCGACAUCCAGGCCACAAAGAGACUAGACAGAGAAGAAAAGCCUGUGUAUAUCCUCCGUGCCCAGGCUGUAAACAGAAGGACUGGAAGACCAGUGGAACCAGAAUCUGAGUUCAUCAUUAAGAUCCAUGAUAUCAAUGACAACGAGCCGAUGUUUACAAAGGAUGUUUACAAUGCCAGCAUUCCCGAAAUGUCAGAUGUUGGUACCUUUGUUGUGCAAGUCACUGCAACUGAUGCCGACGAUCCUACAUAUGGGAACAGUGCUAAAGUUGUCUACAGCAUUCUCCAGGGACAACCAUAUUUCUCUGUCGAAUCUGAGACAGGCAUUAUUAAAACUGCUUUGCUAAACAUGGACCGUGAAAACAGAGAGCAAUACCAAGUGGUCAUCCAGGCUAAGGACAUGGGCGGCCAGAUGGGCGGGUUAUCAGGAACCACCACCGUGAACAUCACACUGACGGAUGUAAACGACAACCCGCCUCGCUUCCCCCAGAGCACGUACCAGUUCAGAGCUCCUGAGUCUACACCACCUGACUCACCAGUUGGAAGGAUAAAAGCUAAUGAUGCUGACGUGGAUGAAAAUGCAGAGAUCGAAUACAGCAUCACUGAGGGGGAUGGUUACGACAUGUUUGGAAUUACUACAGACAGGGACACACAGGAAGGAAUUAUAACUGUCAAAAAGGCAUUGGAUUUCGAAAAUAAAAACCUAUAUAUUCUGAAAGUUGAAGCUACCAACACUCAUGUGGACCCUCGAUUCCUCUACUUGGGGCCAUUCAAGGACUCAGCUACAGUCAGAAUUCAAGUGGAGGAUGUAGAUGAGCCCCCCGUGUUCAGCAGACCAGCGUACAUAAUGGAAGUGAAAGAAGAUGUUCCAAUAAACAGUGUAAUAGGAACGGUAACUGCUCAGGAUCCAGAUGCUGCCAAGAACCCUGUCAAGUACUCUGUAGAUCGACACACUGAUAUGGACAGAGUAUUCAACAUCAAUUCAGGAAACGGUUCGAUAUUUACUUCAAAACCCCUUGACCGGGAAACACUGCUAUGGCACAACAUUACAGUAAUAGCAGCAGAGAUCAAUAACCCAAAACAAAGCAGCCGUGUCCCAGUGUUCAUUAAGGUUUUGGAUGUAAAUGACAAUGCUCCAGAGUUUGCCAUGUUUUACGAAACCUUUGUCUGUGAAAAUGCAAAGGCAGAACAGCUGAUACAAACAUUAAGUGCUGUUGAUAAAGAUGACUCUUACAGUGGACACCAGUUUUCAUUCUCCUUAGCUCCCGAGGCAGCCGGCAGCUCAAACUUUACACUGCAGGACAACAGAGACAACACAGCAGGGAUUUUCACCCGAAAAACCAGAUAUAACCGACAUGAAAUGAGUACCUACUUCUUGCCAGUGGUAAUAUCAGACAACGAAUACCCUAUCCAGAGCAGCACUGAAACGGUGACUAUUCGAGUAUGUGCUUGUGACCAUCGAGGAAAGAUGCUGUCCUGUAAUGCAGAAGCCUUGAUUCAUCCUACUGGUCUUAGCACUGGGGCUCUCAUUGCCAUUCUUCUCUGUAUCAUCAUAUUACUUGUUACAGUGGUGCUGUUCGCAGCACUGAGGCGGCAGCGGAAAAAAGAGCCUUUGAUUAUUUCCAAAGAAGACAUCAGAGACAACAUUGUCAGUUAUAAUGAUGAAGGUGGUGGAGAGGAAGACACCCAGGCGUUUGAUAUCGGAACGCUGAGGAAUCCCGAAGCCAUAGACGAUAAUAAAUUACGCAGAGACAUCGUGCCAGAAACACUUUUCAUGCCACGGCGGACUGCAACAGCGCGAGAUAACACGGAUGUCAGAGAUUUCAUUAACCAAAGGUUAAAGGAAAACGAUACAGAUCCAACGGCACCCCCGUAUGACUCGUUAGCAACCUACGCCUACGAAGGUAACGGUUCUGUGGCCGAGUCCCUCAGCUCCUUGGAGUCGGUGACUACAGACGGAGAUCAGGACUACGAUUACCUCAGUGACUGGGGGCCUCGGUUUAAAAAGCUGGCAGAUAUGUAUGGCUCAAUGGACAGUGACAAAGACUCUUAAUAUGUUGCCUUUUUUUUUUUCUUGUUUUUUCCCCUCCUUCCUUAUUUUCAGAAACAGCAUUGAGAUAUGUGAAGUGGCUAUUUCUUUCUAUUUCUCCACAGCUGUGAGAAAGGGUUAUCUGUUCUACCCAUUCAUAUUGUCUAAUGAAUGCAGCCUGUGUGGAUCAGCUGUCAGAAAACUUUUUCUAGUAUCGUUUUAUGAGCUUCCAAGAGGCAAAAUUCUUAUUUUUAGUGCAUCCAGUUUACCAAGCAAAUCUUACAGGCACAGC